AACUUGUAAACAUGGUAAUUGCAAAUAAUGUAAUCCGCCUGCAAGAGAUUCAAAGGAGAGUGAUUGAGGAUGAUCAUCUUUUUCGAGGCAUAAAUGCCAUCAGCCUCUCCACAAUUGACCGCAUCCUCCGAAAGAAUCAAUUCCGGAUGAAACAGGCAUACCGAGUCCCUUUCGAACGAAACUCUGACAGAGUGAAAAACCAACGUGUGGAAUAUGUUCAGAGAAUCUUUGAGAUUGAAGGACGGCCUGUUCCCCAUGAAAUAAUCUUUGUGGAUGAGGCAGGUUUUAACCUGACCAAAAGAAGGAAAAGGGGGAGGAACAUAAUUGGCCAUCGGGCUAUUGUAAAUGUCCCUGGUCAGCGUGGAGGGAAUGUCACUAUACAACAUAUGUUCCAGCUGGACUACAGGGAACCAGCACAGCCAGAGCAGCCUCACUACGUUGUUGUGUGGGAUAACGUCAGCUUCCAUCGCGCUGCUCUGGCCAUGGAAGAAGCCUGCCUAGACAUAUCAGUAGAUGCAUGCCAGGGGUGGCUCAGGCAUGCAAGAGGAUUUUACCCCCGCUGCCUGGCUAGGGCCAAUAUAGCCUGUAAUGUGGAUGAGAUUCUCUGGCCUGACCCAGACCAAAGACAAGAUGCUGAGGUGGAAUAA